AUGGUAUGGAAAGUUUUAAUGAGCCUCCAUCAGUCAACAGGCACACAGACAAAAGUCGACAUGAUCUGGAAUUUUUGGAGUAAAAGAUGUAGCAAAGGCGCCUCUGUACGCGAGCAUAUUGGCCACAUACGCUCUCUACACAUAGAGUUGGCAGAAACAGGAAUCAUAAUUGAAGUUUACUUGGUGGCUAUAUUAAUGAGCGAGUCUCUUCCUCCUUCCUAUGACAGCUUCGUAUCCACAAUAUUCGCUGGAAUUAGGGAUUUGGAACAAGCAGACCCUAACUAUGUUGCAAAUAAAAUUUUCGAAGAGGAAAUGCGUCGGAAUACUAAAUAUGGAGAUGUGCAUAUCGUGUCUCAGAAACAUCACUACAAUUGUAAGAAGCCAGGCCACCUCAAAGACUAUUGUUGUAAUAAAGGAGGUGGAAAGGAAGGCCAAGCACCUUGGAAAAUAGCUAAAAAGAAAAAGGAAGAAAAUGAUGUAAAAAUAAAGGGACAAAAUCAAACUGUUCAAGUAACGGAUCAAGAUGUUUUUUAUUUUAGUAAUAUGGUUGAAGAAGAAAAAUCUCCAAAUAAAUAUAAAGAUUCUACCUUUUACUCUUGGUCCUGCAAUUCAUGGGUUGCAGACUCCGGUGCUAGUGCUCAUAUUGCCAAUCAACGAGAUAUUUUUGCCACAUUUACACCUUGUAUAAGAAUACUCAAUGUCGCGGGUGGACUAACUACAACAUUUGAAGGUAUAGGUAUGAUAAAUAUGCAAGGAUUAAUUAACGGGACAGUCAGACAUUUUAGGUUACUUGAUGUACUUUUUGUACCUACCACUCGAUUUUGUUUAAUAUGA